GAGCGGCCGUGUCUCCUCAACCUGCGGGGUCCUAGGCCACCUAUUGCGGCGGCCGCCUUGGCCAGGCUCAGUUGCGGAUCCAAAAUGCUGAGAAAUUUGUGAUAUAGUGGUAUUGGAUAUGCCUUGCAACAGCCCCCAAGGUUACCCGGGAGAAGGAUAGAGCUGCCACUUGGGCUGAACUGAAGAGAAUUAACAUUGGAUUGACUGAAGGCUUUGGAUAUAUUCCCUCACAUUACAUUUUGGCUGUUUCUGAUGCUUGGAAUCUAUCCUUGCAGCCACAAAGAUGGUAAUAAAUCUUUGUCUUCCGCAAUUCAGACCAAGAAUUCACUGCAACAAGAUCUCAGCUGAUGGCUAUGAAGUUGAAAAUCUCAUCUCUGAAGACCUCACAAAAAGAAGCCAUGGUUUUAGGACCGAGUAUUUCAUUAAGCCACCAGUCUUUGUGACAGUUUCCUUUCCUUUUAAUGUGGAAAUCUGUAGGAUUAACAUAGACCUCACAGCUGGGGGAGGCCAAAAUGUCACUGGCCUGGAAAUGUACACAUCUGCCUUACCCAGCAGAGCCUCUUGGAGUUCAUCUGAGUGCCAGGCACUGGGCCUAUCUGAGCCAUCUGUCCCGGACAAGGAAGCAUUCACCUUGGUAGGCAAAGUCUUACUGAGAAACCAGAACCAAGUAGUGUUCAGCCACAGGGGCUUCAAGGCCAGGCCACCUUUCAGCCCAGUGGAAGUCACACUGCCCUCUCCUGCUGUUGUAGCCCAGGAGCUGUGGAAUAAGGGGGCUCUUUCCCUUAGUCACGUGGCCCACCUCAGGAUCUGCAUCACCCAUGUGACAGGCAGUGGCAUUCCUUGCAUCAAACGGCUAGAGGUAUGGGGUCAGCCAGCCAAGACCUGCUCUCAGGAUGUGAUAGACAGUGUCCUGUUAGUGGCUUCAGAGACCCUACCUCAAGUCUUAACUUUUCAGACUCCAUCCUUGCCCAUGGAGAGUGAUUGUGCCCCUGGGGGCCAGUCUGAGCACCCACAGGCCCCCUCGGGCCUCCAGGGGCUGGCUAAGGAGAUUCAGGAUGUGCCUGAGGAGUUUCUGGAUCCCAUCACCCUCGAGAUCAUGACUUGCCCCAUGCUGCUGCCCUCUGGCAAGGUCAUCGACCAGAGCACCCUGGAGAAGUGCAACCGUAGUGAAGCUGCGUGGGGCCGGGUGCCCAGCGACCCUUUCACAGGUGUAGCCUUUACUCCACACUCCCAGCCCCUGCCCCACACUUCCUUGAAAGCCCGCAUUGAUCAUUUCCUGCUCCAGCACUCCAUCCCUGGCUGCCAUCUACUUGGGAGAGCACAGACUGCAUCAGCAGUAACCCCUUCUAUCCUUGCCCUGUCUUCUCGGAAAAGGAAGCUAGAGGAAGCUGGACAGGCCUCGAAUAGCAGCCUUGGUACAAAUGCUUCCUGUUUCUCCAGCAUAUACCCUCUGGUCUCACCCACUACCUCAGAACACACCACCAAGAAGAUGAAAGCCAUCAGUGAGCUUGGCCUGACGUACAUGGACUGUUCAACAGGUCCAGUGUCUCAUGAGCAGAAGCUGUCACAAAGCUUGGAAAUUGCCUUGAUGUCCACCCUUGGCUCCAUGCCCUCCUUCACCACCCGGCUGACCCGGGGGCAGCUCCAGCACCUGGGCACAAGAGGGAACAGCACUUCUGGGAGGCCAGGCGCCAUCUCGGAGCAGUCCAGGGGCGAUGUUGGUCCUGAAUGUGCCUCCUGCAAAAGAGUAUUUUCUCCCUACUUCAAAAAGGAGCCUGUGUACCAGCUACCCUGUGGCCACCUCCUCUGCCGGCCCUGCCUGGGUGAGCAGCAGCGCGCUCUGCCCAUCAUGUGCACAACCUGUCAGCAGCCAGUCGCCAGCCAGGAUGUGCAGCGAGUCCACUUCUGAGUGAUCAUCCUCAACCUGAGGAGCCCUGUUGCUAGGAGGAGCCGAGGGGAGUCAGGAGCAGGGCUCAGUGCUCCUGUGACCUGGCUGGUGCAAGCACAUAGUGGCCUCUUUCCUGGGACUGUCGCACCUCACUGUACAGCAUGGUCACCAAGUGGGGAGCACUCCACUCCUGGCUCGGGUGGCAGCAGGAUAAAAAAGCCAUAAGCUGGGCUUU